UUCGAUCAUGAACGGUUUAAAUUUCUGCUUGGAGUGAAAUUAUUUCUAAUUUUUCUAGUUUUUACAACACCAACUCCAAACAACGUACUUAUAAGUUUUUAAUGACACCGAAAGAGUUUCAUUUAUUAUAACUAGGAUCAAUAAAAAUGUAUAGACAGAUCCAAAUUGUGAUAUUAGUAUAUUUAGUUUUUGUUGUAACUAUGAUAAUUGUGAGUGGUGACGCAAAUGAUGCUCAAAUCCAUCGCUAUAAAAGAUAUCUAGGAUUCAGCAACAUUUCACACUUCUUUGUCCGGCUAAAUUUCAAAGCUAACAUGGUCCCGUGGAACCAGAUAUUUGCACAAGCUAUUGGAUACCGCAUGAAUUGGGAUGACCCGCCCGACUCGUUCCAUCCUUACCAUCACCUCAACAGGAGAGAUGUGUAUCACAAUUUAGAAAUCUUAUUGGACAGAAACGGCUUAAACGGUUUUCACUGCGUACGACGGGCGAUUUGUGAAGUUAAUUCUUUAUCUGACGCAAAGGGCAUAUAUUUGAAAAUUCUUCAAAUGAUUUUCAGAAAAUCACAAACUUUGGUAAUGAACAAAUGGCACGAUUACACUGACGAGGAUUGUCAACUUUCUAUCAACUCAUGUCCAUUCUCAGUCAUGGAAAUAUCAACUUAUACUGAUAUCUAA